GGGAGGGGACUGGGGCCCUUGGGGGAGGGUCAAAUGCAAACAGUUCCCGACUCUCUCCGUCGAGAUCAUCCGUGUGGAGAAGCUUAAAAAACGCACGGCGGUUCAAUCGAAACGCCAAUUGCGCGGGAAUUGGAACAAGGGGCCAGCUCGAACUGGUGGAGACUUCACUUUCCACACACUCGCUUCUUCUUCUUCCUGUACUUUUUGCGUUUUCUCCCGAUUGGAUUGAAUUGGCCGGCGGGUGAUUUGUUCAAGGUAUAGUUUGUGCUUCUUUGUUCUCUCUCUCUCUCUCUCUCUGUUAUCUCUUCUGCUCUCUUUUUCAUGUGAGAAGUUAGUUUAUGCAUUCUGUCGUGUUAAGGAUUUUGUUGUCCGAAUUCUUGGGCUGCGAAGAACUUUGAACGUGCAGAGUCUUUGUUUUGGACUUUGUUUCCUUUUUAGGCAGCUAUUUAGAUUUAAAUUCUGAGAUGAACGCUCUUUUUUUUUUUCUUUCUUUCCGUUUGCUGAUUAUGAAUGUGCCGAAUAUUGCUAAAUUGGUAUGGCAUGGCUUAAUGAGGUUCGUGCUUUCCCAGUUAGAUUGCAGCCCAACCAACUGUAGUUCUGUUCUUACUGCAAGAUUACGAAAUGUGACGUAGUUUGCCGGCAGAUUUCGUGGGAUGAUCGCCCAAUCAUAGACCUAUUGUACGAAAAAGCAAUCGAGUUCUAAAACUUAGUCCUAUGGUCAAGUUUCCCCUUCUUUAUCCGACUUGGCGGUCCAAUCAUUGCCGGACAUCCUCACUGUCACGGCUGCACUAAAGCCCUAAUCAGCCCCAAACCCCGAAAUCAAUCUCUCCUGAUCCCUGAGAAACCCCAAUUCCAGUGGGGACUCCACAUUCAACAGGAGUGAUGGGCCACUAAUGACCAAUUUCGCCAUCUGCGCUUUACCGAAUCUGCAGGAGCGCAGAAACCUAAGCACGGAAUUGGCUCUUCCUAUGUCUUUUCAGUGGGCACCGACUUCCUGAGAGAUAGAAACAGCGAAUUCAGAAUGAAGAUCAAGUGAUUUCACGAGACAAUCAAUCAACGGAUGAUGAGCGUGAAGACGAAGAUGAUUUUGGGCGAACAAGAAGAGAUUUUUAGCUGAAACUUUGAACAUUUCGGAAGCAGAAAUUGGUGCGAGAAAAAUGGCUUAGGGGUUAAAGUGAAUGGAAGUCAAAUUACCUCGGUCUGGGACUGUGACAAGUGAUUGUUCCUCUGUUGUUCAAUUCAGACUUCCGAUGUUUCAUGGUCUCUGAGUCUUCUGCUUUGCGGAAAAGGUGCGAUCCAGUUCUCAGGGGAAUUAGGGUUCACGUCAGAGGGAUUAAUUUGGGGAUUUGGGGAUUUAGUUGCUUGACCAAGGGACGAUGCCGUUUACCUAAGCAGAAACACAUUGUUUCGUUGGAAAUAAUGCGUUGCCCCGCCUGACGAUAACUGAAUUGUCACAUCAAAUAAAUUAGGCGAGACUUGGCCGAAUGUACGUGAUUGCACUUCCCCUCAAAGGUUUAGGACUACAUUGGUUCAAUCAAAAGAUAAAGCGAGGAAGGGCUCAAGUUAGGCAGCAAUAAUUAUGGCCGAGUUGGAGAAGUUAAAGAAAAAGCUCACGCCAUUGUUUGAUGCGGAGAAGGGAUUCUCUACCGCGUCAAGCUUGGACUCUUCCGAUUCUUACAUGCUGUCAGAUGGCGGAGCUGUUAAUUUACUAAGCAGAUCAUAUGGCGUCUACAACAUCAACGAGCUUGGAUUGCAGAAGUGCACAUCGCGGUCCAUAGAUGAGACGGAUCGCAGUGAGAAAACCUAUCAAUGUGCUUCCCAUGAGAUGAGGAUUUUUGGGUCAAUAGGCAGUGGGGCAAGCAGUGUAGUCCAGAGAGCUAUCCACAUACCCACCCACAGAAUUAUUGCUUUGAAAAAGAUCAAUAUAUUUGAAAAGGAGAAAAGACAGCAGCUCCUCACCGAAAUACGGACAUUGUGUGAGGCACCUUGUGAUCAAGGUCUUGUGGAAUUUCAUGGGGCUUAUUAUAUACCAGACUCUGGGCAAAUAAGCAUAGCUCUUGAGUAUAUGGAUGGAGGAUCAUUGGCAGAUAUCUUACGAGUGCAGAAACGUAUUCCAGAACCUGUCCUUUCAGUUAUGUUUCAAAAGCUCCUCCAUGGUCUAAGCUACUUGCAUGGAGUUAGGCACUUGGUUCAUAGGGACAUUAAGCCUGCAAAUUUGCUUGUAAAUCUCAAAGGGGAGGCAAAAAUCACAGAUUUUGGUAUCAGUGCUGGCUUAGAGAAUUCCAUGGCAAUGUGUGCUACUUUUGUUGGGACCGUGACAUACAUGUCACCUGAGCGUAUUCGCAAUAAGAGCUAUUCUUAUCCAGCUGAUAUAUGGAGCCUCGGUCUUGCUCUGUUUGAGUGUGGUACUGGAGAGUUCCCAUAUACAGCUACGGAUGGACCAGUCAAUCUGAUGUUGCAGAUUUUGGAUGACCCAUCACCAUCGCCUUUGGACUGCAAUUUUUCACCGGAGUUCUGCUCUUUCAUUGAUGCAUGUCUGCAGAAGGAUGCGGAUGCUCGACCAACUGCUGAACAACUGCUCAUGCACCCAUUCAUCACAAAAUAUGAGCAUACCAAUGUUGAUUUAGCAACAUUUGUUAGAAGCAUCUUCGAUCCAACAGAAAGGAUGAAAGACCUAGCAGAUAUGUUGUCUAUACACUAUUACCUACUAUUCGAUGGACCUGAUGAACUUUGGCAUCAUACGAAGACCUUCUACAGUGAAGGAUCAACUUUUAGUUUCUCAGGCAAGCAAUUUUUUGGUUCGGAUGAUAUUUUUGGAAGCUUGUCGAAAAUCCGGAAAACGUUAGCUGGUGAUUGGCCUCCUGAAAGACUUGUCCAUGUUGUCGAAAAACUGCAGUGCCGUAUUUAUGGUCAAGAUGGGAUUGCAAUCCGCGUGUCAGGCUCCUUUAUUAUAGGGAAUCAAUUCCUCAUCUGUGGCGAUGGAGUCCAGGUUGAAGGCAUGCCACAUUUCAAAGAUUUAUCCAUUGAUCUUUCUGCUAAGCGAAUGGGUAGAUUCCAGGAGCAAUUUAUGGUUGAACCAGGCAAUCAAAUUGGAUGCUAUGUUAUAGUGAAGCAAGAGCUUUACAUAACGAGCUAGAGAAAUGAGAGCAGAUGGUAACCAAGACCGACAUCGCCAUAAGAGAUGAGAUUUGGCAAAUUCUGUGGGCAUUCAUUCAGGAAUGUUUCUGUUUUGAGCUUUGAGAUUCAGAAGUGACGAUCAAUACUCCGAAUUCAUUGCGUGGUGUCGGUGGGACUGUUGUGUACCACCAUUUGACGGUUGAUGGAGUUCAUGGAUGUACUGCUUUGUUUUCUCAGCAUACUUAUGAUGCAGUUGCAGUAAAAGUGGUUUGUUCUAUUUCUCUCUUCUUCUGGUUAUAACGGGAAACCAUUACUUCCCCUGCUAAGAAAUGCCUGGGGUUAUCACUAUGGACUUCGGCCUAUUAGGCAGAUCCGGGCUUCAAGAACAGCUGGUCAAGUCCUCCUCACAAGCAGAGGAGUUGCGCGGAUGCUGUCGGAUACUCCAAAAUAUACUCAAUUGAAAUGUAUUGUUAUU